AUGGCAAGCAUACAGAAACAUCUCGAGAGACAAGAGACCAGUCAUGUUAAGGAUUUUGCCCUUCAUUUUCGUUCUAACCACACUUCAAGGUAAACUUUUUUGUCAAUUUUGAACCGUUUUCUACAAGUACAUAAAAAUUUUGAGGAUAAAGGCAUCAAACUUGUGACCAGGUUCCCUUAAUAUGGCCAUACGGCUAAACCUUGCUGACGGAGUAGUUUUCGAUGAGACGAAGGGUACGAAUUGAAAUGGGCCCAGAAAUAUAGAGUUUUCUGGUAUAAAAGAGCCUUGAUCUUUGUAUCACCAUUUACCACUAUCAUCUUGCCAUUUCCGGGUUAGUUUCUGAGAAAUCAGAUCGAGUAAACUAUCCUAAGUCCACGGCUAUGCCCUCUCAUUUCUUAGGUCAAAUUAGUUUUGUCCUUUGCUGAUCAGCCAGUUACUACGCACCUGGACUAACUUUUUGAGAAAUGGAGUUAGGUGAAAACAAAUUAUGUUUCGCGGUAAAAUCAGUCUCGAAUACGCUGUAAGCUGAAGGUGUAUAAGGGGAAAUGGAAAAUUAAGUCUCGCGUUUAAAUGGUCUUAUAUCUUAAAAACCGUCUUUUGCUUUGUUUUGUUUUUCUUCUUCUUCUUCUUCUCCUCCACUUUCUUUUUUUUUUUUUUCGCACUUUUCCAUCACUCGAAAAGCGAAUCCAUUUCAUUUAAUACUCAGAACAACUUUAAGAAUGAUGCAAUAUAAUAGGACGUUUUCCACGAAAUUGACCCAUAAGUGACAUCACAUGAUGAUCUUGUGUUGAAUUCCUACACGUUUACUCUGAAAGUUUCCUUGCUCUUUAACAUUUGUCUAAUUUGUCUAACUGUGAAGAUGAUUAAAUUGAACUCUUGAUUUGCAGAAGAAACCUGAAGACUAAGAAAGGGAACUCUUUGAAAUUAUAAGUGUUCGUUUGUUGUCUAGCUGUAAGAUACACACCUUAAUUGGUGUCUUAAUAGUAAUAAUAAUAAUAAUAAUAAUAAUAAUAAUAAUAAUAACAAUAACAAUAACAAUAACAAUAAUAAUAAUAAUAAUAAUAAUAAUAAUAAUAAUGGUAACGCGAUAAUAGAGUGAUUUACUUGAACAGUGAAGCAGAUAAUAACAACAAGUGUAAAAUAUCUACACUUGCAUGCGCGGAUCACCUAGAAAACCGUAUUUCUCGAACAAUAGCAGUCACUCGAUUAAUCGCCCCCCUUUGAUGGAAAUAUUUCAAAUAAUCGCCUCCCUCGAAUAAUCGCAUUCGAACAUUGAGUAAAAUGCUCGAGAGUACCGUAUCUACCAAACACCGAUGAAAGGAUUUAUUAUUCCGCUUCAUAGAAUCACGUCAAACUUUGAUUCGCCCGUUUCCCCCUUUGCUGCUUCGAAAAAAUAAUAAACAAACAAACAACACCAACAACAAAAACAAACUAAAAAAAUUACCUUUAUGCAAAAUGACGCAGGAGUUCAAUGAUAUCCGAGUGCACCAUUCGCUUCCGCUUUCGCUUUUAUUACCCCGUUUUGUUGUUGUUUUUUUCUUUGUUGGGCAUUUACCAGGUUUCAUUUCGGUUGGAAAAAUUUGGGGGAAAACUUUUAUGAUUUUAGGAUUAGAUGGAAUAAAGUACAAGAGGGUAGUGGAACAAGAUUUUCAUUAGAAUUUUCGCGUCAACUAUAUGUGUCUCUUUUUUUUUUUUCUUUUUGUCCGACCUGUUUGACUGAAUCGUGAUCAUUCGCACUUAAUAUGAGAGAUGUCAAAAGUUGUCUGUGACAGUUAAAACCGAUAACGUCACAAGCGGUACAAGGGGUCGUGGGACUGCACGGGCGGUUCAGGGGUGAAUGGAUUUCCAGAUUGACAAUAAGUUUCCAUGAUCUAUGUCCUUAUUCACGAAAGAAAUGGCGUCGAAAUGUUGAAAACUCAAGUGGGACCACUAGCCGCAGGCGAGUGGUUUCACCGCAAAGUGUGGAACAUUUUGAUGUCAUUUCAACGGUCUAUAAGACCAGGCUGAUUGUGGGAAGUCUAGACACCAAAGAUCACAGAUAAGAGAAAUAAAACAUGCUGAACCCUUGAACCGUUCUUAUAUUUAAUACUUAACAGUCUGCCAUGCUUAAACAAAUUAAGAGGAGACUUGUAAACACCACAUCUUUUUUGUGCUUUGGCCACAUUUUUAGUUCAGCACAAAAUUCUCUCGGAAAAAAAAGUAAGAAACCUCAACUUUCUGCGAUUACGCCAUUGUUAUUAACCUUUUUUUAAUUUAUCCCUGGGAGUUCUGGUUAAUGUGAAAAAAAUUAAAGUAAUAUCUGUGAGAUUUCUGAGGUUCAUGUCCAAGCUAAACUAUUUCUGCAUUAAGAGAUGUUAACCUCUUGGAUCGAUAUCCAACCAGAUUUUAAGGUCACAUUCCUCUGUAGAAGCGGCACUGAGAGUUUUGUAAAACUUUCCUUAUGUGAAAUUGAAUACAUGUGGACUGCAGAAAUGAACUAAAAAUAUGGGGGUCCCCAUGCUAACUACUCCCUCCCCGGCCCCCCUCUUAGAGCGUAUUUGUUGUCAAUUUAUGAUCGAUUUUUAGACUACAAUUUCUUAACUUGUUAAGGCAAAAUAAAAUUCAGAGAAGUAAGGAACACGAAAAGCCAAUGUAGUAAGCACUCUUAGCCAAUGUAUGGAACUUUUUUUGCACGCGACGAAAAAAAUUGUUAUAGUCAUGACUUUUGUUGCCAUGGUUACCAAACCCCCAAAAAUCAGUUUUUUGACUGACAUUUUCCUUAUUUUUAAACAUAUUUCCAACAUUAAGAACUUGCCCAAUUUUCUUUUUUUUUUCUUUUUCUACAUUUAGUUCGGUGCCUAAAGUAUUUACUAGAAUAAUAAUAAAAAGAUAAUGUGGGGUCACCAUGCUCGGUUUUGAUAGUUUGGUACUCGUGCGCCUCUCACAAAUUAUAUUAAAUUUUGCCACAGGAACUAUUAACUAGUUUACCACUAUAAAAUUACAAUCACUCAAGAAAACACUCUGCGAGAAUUUCUUCAUCCAUCUUUGGAUAAAUAAGUUGGUUGUUUUAAUUAUAAAAGUAGGUUGAGUUUGAUCGUCCGGGUGAACGUAGUCCUGAAUAGGACUGUUGUUGUUGGCAUUGAUUGUGUUAGAAGAAAUGAGGAAGUCAUAAAAAUCUGUUGUUGUUGACAGUGAAUUAUGUUGGAAGAAAUGAGAGGUCAUAAAAAUCGUUUGAAAAGUCAUCUUAUUGCUUGUUUUCAGUGUCAUGCCAUUCAAAAUAGAUCAAAAUAAAAAUCAAAACCGUUCAAUAGAUAAGGUCCAGAAUCUGGGAAAUGAAAGGAGGUAAAUAUGCAAAGACCCUCGCCAAGAUUCAGGUCAGAGAAAUAUUUCGUAUACAAGAUAUCCGAAGAAAUGUUUUACCAAAAUUUAUAGAGAUUUGUAUGGAGACGCCAUGCUGGUGCUCAUUUGGAUGGGCACCAACAUGGCGGACGGAAACCAACAGAAACAUCUGUUACCGAGUUGCGCUACAAAAGCGUGAAUUUAUUCUUCGAGGAACUCAUAAGCAGUAAACUUAAACUUUUUCUAAUACAUGUUGAGAAAGCAAAAUUCCCUGAAAUAGGUAAUUUUUUUAAUCUAAAUGACAACUCUCUUGGCCGUCAUGUAAAUGCUGCGUCACGCAAAAGCUUAGAAAUUCAAGCGUGAGCCUAUCACAAAACUAAGAACCCUUUGAAGCGAGAAUUUGAAUGAAAAUUAGUUUUCAGCUGCUCUAAUACAUCGUGAAGUAAAAUCUCGGUAGGAUCGAUAGUUUUGUAGUUUGAAUUUUAGUGACGUAAAGUGAAAACCAAUAAUUUACUAGUGACCUUGUCUUGUUAUAGUAAGUUUACAUGGUUUUUCGUCAUUCUUGGCAAAAACCUUUCCUUUCUGUUACUAUUUCACGUAAGAGUCUAUUCAGGCAAAUCAAGAAGGUCCAGUUAUCGUGCUUUGAGGUCAUUUGAGCCCCAUAACUAUAACAAAAUUAUCAAAUCUGAUUGGCUAUCAACUGUCCUAAUUUCAGCUCAAAAACGACAUUGUAAUAGGACAGUACGCGUCAUGCCUAAGUAAUUGGAUUCAUCGCAGGGGCACUUAAAUGGCUUUUUUCUCUGCUAGCCAAAAAACUCGCGGAAUUCCUGGGGUUUUAAGUUUUAAAAAAGCCCAAAAUAUUACAGAUUUUGUUAUAGUUAUGAUUAAUUGGUAACAGAACUUCGUGUCGUCCAAUUCGGCCUGUAAUCAUACCUGUGAUUAAACAAAUCGGACGACCUCGUAGCGGCUCACCUACACUUAAAUAUUGGUAGAGUACUCUCCACCCCUCCUCCCCCCGCCCCACGGGGCCUAAAAUAUGACCUUUUUAACUGAUGUACCAGCAGAUCGAUAUUAUGCGGGUGAUGAGAACGGUUGACUUGAGAGUGAUGAUGAUAACGAUGAUGAUCUAUUUUGUUUUAGUUUCAGUCCAGUCACGAGAGAGGAGGAAGUCUCUUCAUCCACGCGAGGUGAGAACAUAUUGGACCGCGGUUUUGAGCCAGAAUUUCUUCUUUUCAAUAACAUGCACUUUUCGAUUCAGUCAAACACAUUUUUUAGGAAAAAUACAAGUUUCCCGCACUUUUUAAUUUUCACUUUUGUUAUUUUUGUUAUUUUUUUUGUAGAGAAGUAUAAAACAGUAUCAAAAGCAAAAAAAUGUUUUUAAAAUUAUAACAUAUGCCAACCAAUUAAUUACAACUAACGUCCAGAAAUCGUUCCGCGCGCUGAAAGCCUGAACAGAUUCUCCCCUAGUUUAUAGAGUGGCCAAUAUAUUCUGAAGAAUCAAGGGUUCUUCUCUCUCUAGGGAUACCAAGAAUUUUCCUACUUCAUUUCUUCACUGCUUUAAAAUGUUCUUCUCUAUCUUCACAUCCAAGUCUCAUUUCACUUUAGUAAUCACAUGUUAAACAUAACUUACUAUAUUUUCUCAACUUACGAAAUUUAAAAUAAAUUGGCUCGUCCUUUACUUUGAACCUAAAAUACUAUUGCUCACUCAAUGAAUUUAUGUAUUUUCUGUUUAUGCUUAUAAAACGUUGCUCAAUUCUGCAGAUUACAGUCACACUAAAGAUAACCAGGGAUAGAAAGCCCAUUGCACCUUCCUAUACUACGAAAGUACCACGUGGUACCCUGUUGGUCGACAUUCUCAACAAGGCAGCUGGAGACGACACAAAAGGUCCUUUCAACAAAUACGAAAGCAUUUACUACGGUGGCACGUACAAAGGAGUUCUAUUGGGAUAUUAUUUAACUGCGAUGGACGGAAUCAAACAGGAUCCAGCUACUAGGAGCUAUUGGAUGAUUAUUGACGAAAAAAGUGGAGAUUAUACUCCAUGUGGUGUAAGUUCCUACGUGCCUGGAGACUGUUCUACGACUAUCUUUGACUUCAGUCCACUCAAACUUGACAAACGUUGCCCUCCAUACGGAGGCAGUGGAUAUUGCAAGAAAGUUCUUCCCUCUGGCCGGGUAUGUUACACUCCCGACCCCCAACCCAUGCCAGACCCCCACCCCCAAAUUAUUUACUUUAUCAAAACCAUGGAAAUCAAUCUCGACAUUUGAAACAGCAACAACAGCGAAAAUAGUAGAGAAUAAAAGGCGUAAAUACGCGAAGAGACUGACUCUGGCCUAAGAAAGUCGUUUCAGAAGAGACCUUGCUAGAAGAAGAAAUGUGUCGUCUUCCUUUUCCUCAUCCCAUGCUCGACGCGCGGCCAAUUAGGAGUCAAUUAUUACGCAUGCGCUAUCGGUUCCAUCCGGUAGUACUUCCCAUAUAUGAAUUUGGGAUGGGCGAGGCGAGAUCUCGGUCAACCGAGCCAGCCUUAUAAAGGGGAAAGGGGGAUGGGGUGGGGGGGUGGUACUACCCCAUAAAAAAGUCGAGAAUACUCGUUGUACCUCUACAUGUUCUCAUGCUGGAAGGAAAAUCCCGACCCGAUAAAGCAACUGGGAUGUGCGGGACGAGAUUACGGUCAACCGGAACAGCCCCAGGAAGGGGGAGGGGGAGAGGGGGGUGUUGGUAAUCCCCUAUAAAAUAGUCGGGAAUACUCGUUGUACCUUUAAUCCUUUAAUCCCUAAGGGAGUCCAACCUAUAGUUUCUCCUCACAGUAGCUCUGCUUAAUCAAACAUGUAGAUCAUGAGAAAAAAGAAAAUAAUCAACAAGUGACAAAGGUCUUGAUUGCUUAACAAAUUCUCAUCAUCAGUACCAUGGGAAAUGUAUGGAAGACAGUGUGGAGAAUAUGCCUGCUGAUAUUGGGGUUUGAAGACUUAAGGGUUAAAGUUUGAGGGUUGAUAUCGCUGAGGGUGUUUAAAUAUAAAGUAACUGCCAUUAGAAGUACCUUUUAGAAGCUAUUUAGGGUGUCAACUCGAAAAAUAAUUUGAGCUACGGUCGAACCAGCCUCGCGCGACCACCUCCCGAAAGCGAGGUUGGGAACUUUCAUCGGGAUGGCCAAAAGAUGGCUGCGGCUGAGGUUUAACUUACAAUUCUUUUCUACAAUUAUUUGAGGACUUUGAAUACUGGCCGCUUGAUAGAGGGUGGCCGCUCCACUAUAUUAACCGCAAAAGAGAAGCAACAAAACUAUAUAGCUAGUACCAACUCGAGUAUGUAGUGCGCCUGAGACAGCCUAUUAUUCUGCAGCUUUUCAAGCAGUCUGCAUUAGCCGCGUUUCGAGUUCGAUUCAUUACAGUUUGCAACAUCCAUGCACGAGCCAUGCAGCUGAGGAGUUUGGGGUACGGUGAUGUCGAGAUUUUCAUUUUAUUCUCCAGUUUGACUAGGUUGUGACAUUGUCUUUUUUUAGAAUCCUCAAAUGUAUACCCAGCUGAAGAGUUUUGAAAAAACUGGAAAGUUCAUUUUUCAAGGAUUGGAUUCGUACAACUCUCAAGACUGCUACUUCAUGGCUUUCCGACUUGCUGCUGAUACAAGCCUUAGAACAGUGGAACCAACUAAUCAAGCCAUAACCAUGAACUCAGGUCAAAAGAGCGUCAGGAUAGGGCUGGGUACCCUGUGCGUUUUGGCCGCAAUAGAAAGUUUACUGUUUUCGUUUAUGUAAAACUUUAAAAGGCUAUGGCAGUACCUUUUUGCAAUAUUUUUACUUUUUUGUUUAUUAUACUAAAUAGUUCUUAGUUUUGCUUAAAACCGCUGUUGCUGUGUUUGUUUGAAAGCUACAAUCCUGGACAAAAGUCCUUGGGACAGUACCGCAAUAUUCAUAUUUUUCUGUCAUUUCUCUGUUCCCUCCUAAAACAGUGCAUCCUUUUCGAAAUUUUCUUGCAGGUAUCCCUCCCCGCCCUCCCCCCGCCCCCACCCUAUACAAAGUCGAAACUCGGAAAAAAUUAAGGAUACACGCGCCCAACAUUGUUUUUGGGGUGAGGGGAGGGGUUGGACCUGUGUGCAUUGGAAACGCCCCAGAAACGCAAAAGUGUCCCAAGACUUUUUGUCCAACUGAGACUGUAAACGAGAAGGAGGGGUACUUUAUCAAGAAUUAAGAAAUGAGGCUAGCCUUUGGUCCAGCUAGCAGUAUGGAACCCAUCAGCUUCUGCGCAUGAUUGAUCUACUGGUGGGUGUUGCAGUAGUCGCUCACUGCAUUGAGAACUGCUUCAGGACACUUACUGUCUUGGUGACGUGGCGGACACAAGUUAUCAAAUUUAAGAAGUUUUAUCAUUCUGCGAUCGGGAAAGGGUUUAAGAUAGAAUCCAUCAGGAAAUUGGGUAAUUUUUAUUUUCAGUGGACAAAAACCUUGUACCAGAAUAAUUCAAGCCACAUCACAUUCUUUUUUACACUUUUCAAGGGCUAUGAAUAUAAUUAGUUAUUUGUAAUAACACCAAAGACAUAAUUUCUUAUGGGAGCUCGUGAAAAUUGAUUUUAAUUUUCACAGGACUUGUGAAAACACAGGUAAAAUUCGUGGGUAAGAUUUCAUUCUGCGAAAUUUGACACUUUUUUAAAAUUUGUUUUCUCAGACUCCUAUGAGAAGUUUUCUUUGUUGUUAUAAAAUAUAUAACGAAUUACAUCUUUAGUCCUUGAAAUGGGCAAAAAAGAAUGCAAUAUGCUUUAAAUUAUUCUGGUACAAGGAUUUUGUCCACUGAAAAUAAAAUUACUCAAUUUCCUAAUGGAUUCCGUCUUCAACUCCUUCAAUAAAAAUACCCGUGGUAAAGUUUAUGGUGGAAAAAAAGACAAGGACAAUGAAACUUUCCGGGUUGUAUAGUUUUGGAGAAUACGGGAAACACUUUAAAUUAAAUCUCGUCCGGGUCCUCGCUCCUCGUCCUGCAAUCUGAAGUUCUGUAGCCUAUUAGUAUUUCAGCUGCACCCUACGACAACUGUUGGAUAACGAUUAGAAAAUCAUGCGCAUUAAAAUCGGCUAGAAGCAGCCACAAAAACAACACAAAAUGGGAGCGAAAAUAGCCCGUGUGAAAGGGUUGAGAUUGAUUGAUCUCUUUCUUACAAAGUACAUCCAGUUCUCAACCGUUUUUUUUUUCUUUUUUUUAAAAUUUUUUUCAAUUCAUCAAAACUGGAGAAGAAAACUUUCAAAUAUAUUAGGAAAAGCUUGGCAAAACACGGUUAAGUGGAGUUGUUUCGUUGUGGUUUCUUCCAAGAACCGUUUAAGCAUAUAUUAAGGCAAAUACAUGUACAUUCAUCAAGUCUUUUCGAGCCUAUUCAAGUGUGCUCAACUGUUUUUACGUGCCAUUUUCUUUUCUAGGUUACCACGUUAAGUGAAGUAUUUUCUUUUCGAGUGUCGGUCACUGUGGUCUGGACGAUUUUCAUCGGCUUUUCUGAUUUCCAAUUUGUCAUGAAAGCGAGUUUUUCUGUCUACAUUCUUUUGCACAAAGUUGAAGCGAACAUUCAAGUUCUCUUGUCUCUUGGACCACAGAUCAAUUAGCCUGGAAAUACUAGCCAGCGUGGCAGGCGCAAAAAGGGGAGGGACAGGGGGAAGGAGAAAAGCACGAAAGAGGGGAAAGGGAAGGGAGCCCCUUCCCCUCUCUCCCCUACCCCCCUCCCUUUCCCCUUUUUCCCUAUCCCCUACCCCUUUCGACGCCUGCUACGCAGGCUAGGGAAUACAGCCGUCUCACAUCGCCUUUCGCCGCCAGGGACGUUUCGCCAUGGGGGUCGUCUACGCCUCAGCGACAGAAAUUCCAUACUGAUGACGUAAAUCAAUGUUUGUGUGGUAAUAAAUCCGAUAAUCAUAGGGGUCCAGAUGUAAAUUUGGUCGAUUUUAUGUUUCCCCUGGUCGAUUAUGACAAAGUUCUGUGUUCUUCUGCGAACGAGCUACAGCAAAACUCAAAUGCUUCUUUCAAAGAAGAAUAUAUUCUACGAAAAUUGACUUUUUUGUAGUAGAUUCAUCGUGUUUACAUUUGACCUAUUGUUUAAUGCACCUUCUUUAACCCCCCCCCCAAAAAAAAAAAAAUGCAUAAUCAUUGUUUUCGAUUUCUUUUGGGACGACUGGAAUACCCAGGAGAAAUUGGAAACAAUGGUUAUGCAAAAUUCUGAGAGGUAAACAAGGUGCGUUAUGGUCUAUGUGAAAGUAGUGAAUAGAUCAAUUUGACCUGACCAAACUGGUGCGCAAGUCACGUGUGCGGAUGUGGCAGGAAUGCAUAGGUUUAUUAGUCAGAUCGACUCUAUGCUUUGGAUUUCAUUCACGACCCGCUGACUGCUAGAAUCAAGGCAAAAGGAGCAAAAUCACUCAUUCUUAAUUACAUGAGUACAAAAUAUAUAUAUUCAUCUAUGUUGUUUAAAUAUAAACAUUUUUGUAGAUUAUGAACUGACUUCAAUAGGUCUUUGUACGGUAAGCUAGCAUUUCACUUUCAGUUUGAGCAUUUUAGCGAGGAAAAUGCAUAAAGCAUUAUUAAAACUUUAGUGUUAUUUUUUUCCGGAAAAUUAGUUUUUUUCCCACAAAAAAAUAAAAAUUGUGAGAGAAAUGAUGACUUAAACUUCGAAUUCAAAAAUAUAUUCAAAUUUUACAUUAAUAUAGCCGUGUAGAUUAUAGGCAUUUUUUGCUUUAUUGAUCAGCUAUUUACUUGUAUACAUUGUUGUCAUACCACUUAUACAUUACUUGUUGACCGUAAACCCCAUUAAAACGUUCAGAAUCAAUAAAAAAAAAAGCUUAUCUAUGAUGAGCAUUAUCGAGUAUUUUAGUGACUUUUUAGGGGGCGACCAAGCAUUUUACAGGGACAAAUGGAGCAUAAAUGUGGAACAGUUAGCGGGGAAAACAAAAGCAUAAUGUACAAAGGCCUAGACUUCAAAACGUUUCCCUCUACGACUAUUCUAAUUAUAGAAUACGGUCCACUGAAUGCGCCCUUUUGGUCAAAUUACAUCUACAAAAACGUAAUUGACAGCUGCCAGACUGUAAAACAAACUUGAAUUAUCUAGAGUUAUUUCCUGCCGAGGCAAGUAAAGGCAACUGGCAAGAACUGUCACCUGCGGAAUUAAGAGAAUCAAAUGAAGGGACCAACCAUGAGGAGUUUGUUUUGCCUCUACAUCUUUUUCACUGCUAUUGAAGGUAACGUUUUUUGAACGUUUAGUUGAUUGUGCAUCGUGCUCCAUUGUAAUAACAGAAAAAUUUGCGCAUCAAAGAAAAGAGAGCUCUUAGAGAAACGAACCUAAAAGCUUUUCAUCUGGCACCUCCAUAUAAAAUGCGUUGCUUCAGUUAGCUAUUUUGAUUCUUCCAACCAACCCGUUUAAUCAUCAACUACUAUGUUUGAUUCGACGCCUUUCUAGUAAGCUGCGCCAUAAUUUUGUUGUCAAAUAUAUGUGUCUUUUGCUGCUGUAACGUGCUGCGUUAACGGUCUACUGCAUUGGAAACUGUUAGUGAAUUUCCAUUUUAAUGUAGUGACUAAAACUUGACGAAAGUUUGGAUACAUUGUCAACGGAAAACACCCUACUGAACAUUGUUAACUUUUCUUCCACUAUUUUUUUUUUUUUUCAUUUUUAAUGUUUUAGUUUCUAGCCAACUCUCUCAUUAUUCUGCAUGAUUGAACGGCUGGAAUGAAUAGUCUGGACCAGAAAAAAAGCGCGGCGUGAUUUGAGAGCAAAUUUUAGGUUGAAAUUCACUUAGGCUUAGACCUAGUGAAAGAUGUUGUUUGCGAUUAAGAAUCGAAAAAGCUAGGAGGAAGACGCCAGAGACCAGAAACGUGAGAUGUGCAGUCUUUUGUUAGGUCCUUUAGGGUAUAAUUAUAUGAUUCAAUCACACUCAAACAAAAAGGGUUUGCUUUUGUUAAUGUUUCGAUUGUUUUAUUUUUAGCAAAAGUCUGGAAGGUUCUGCAAAAUAAUUUCAAGCUAGGUUUUAGUUUCGCCUAGUAAUCGAGCUUGGUUUACUAGACGGUUUGUAUAUGAUCGUAUAUGCAUGGUAUAGACAGCAUGAGCCGUCUUAAGUGGGCUGAGGAGGUGGGGGGAGGGGGGAGUAAGAAGAGCGUUACGUAAGAUGGAUUUAUACCGAUUACGUACAAACUUACAAGGUAUUUUUCUGUUUACAGGCCUUUCGCCUGAUAAAAAGAUGUAUUACAUUACAUACACGGAUUGUACGCCCCUUGUUUCUGUAGGUGUUCUUGUGCGCGCAUUACGUAACAAGCGUCCGUCUCGGUGCUCAUUCCGUUUGACCGCCUUUGAAACAUUAAGGGCCUGGGAACUAGCAGGAGCCUAUAAUCUGGGGCCAGCAACAUCCAUACUAAGCCUAUGAGCUGGCGUUUAACAGACCGAUUUAUUUUUAGAUCACUCUAAUUUCCCCUUUCAGUACAUUUCAAGUUAAUCUUCGGUCCUCAGUAAUACCUCAUGUGCUACUAGCGCUCAUAAGCGACCACCUAUCCAAAACACCAAACCUUUUCCGGCCAGUCCAAGCCCUGUAGUUGAACCUCUUAAAAACGACCAUCUCUCACGAGCAAUCGCGACCAAUUUUAGGAUGACGUCACAGAAACUAAAUUUGCGAAAGUUAUGGGAUGCACUGAGAUAGUCAGGAAGAACAAGAUGAAAAAGGCCCCCUUUCCUGAAACCAGCGAGUUAAUACAAAAUGACUGUGAGCAAGAGCUCACAACCCGGAGCGAGUAACUUCUAUCUGUUCUAUGUUCUUUUGUCACGGCGUUUUUACAAACCCGUUUAUUUUGAUUUUGUCGCAAAUUUAGAAUAUCUCGUAAGUCCAAACCAGUCAGCAAAAUCUACAAAGCUGAAAAUGGUAUUUUCUUUAUCUUUUAAUGACAUUUAGUUCUCUAUAUUCAUAUCUUAUACUUCGAAAGCGCUCAAAGGAGGAUCGGAGCUUCUAUUUUUACAGGAAAAACUGCUCUAAAAAUAAACUGGUCCUUGAAAACGCUGUGACAUAGCCCUAGUAUCGGAGUUGCUCUCUCAGAAUUAUGGGCUCGUACGGUGAGAUAUUAGCACCAUUAUGCUCUGAUGACCCUCACCAAAUCCUUGUAAAUUUUAGAAUGUUUUGUGUAGCGUCAGUGGGGCAUAACGGGUACCAAUUUCUCGCCCAAAUUUGCACCAACACGCAGGUUUUUUGACGAAGAGGCUUUCGUGGUGUCACACCCGGAUUUACUCUAUAACUAUUGUACCUUUUAAUGAUUGUGAUGGUGAUGAGAAGAUGAUGAGGAAGAUGAUGAUGACGUUGAUGAUGAUGAUGAUGACGACGACGACGACGACGACGACGACGACGACGACGACGAUGAUGAUGAUGAUGAUGAUGAUGAUGAUGAUGAUGAAGUCUGGUGGUGUAGCAGUGGUUGGGGUUGUUAUAAUUAUGAUAUUGACGCAUUGUUUUUACUUUCAGCUUUGUCAAGGAAACGAAGGCACGCGGAUCAUUCCGAGGUAUGAAUUGACAGCUUUUAUUUCUUUUUUUCGCUUCGUAGCAGGGACGGAUGGCAUGAAAAAAAAAAGGCCUAUCAUAACGUUUAGAAUACGGUCGAAAAUUCUCUUGAGAUCUUGAUCUAGGAAUUCUUCGGCAGAAAAUUUACAAGGUAGUUUUAGCAACUUGAAAAAUCUGUCAAAUCUCAUCCAACAUCGAUUUGGUUUGUUCUCCCAUCAAGAUUCACUACUCGUCUUUGAAUGUUACAUUGUAGUGGAAAGAGUAGUUUGAUUUUCCGGCAGUUCAGUAAAUUUCCAUAGCAGCGUGCCUGUAAUUUUCUAAACUGGUAUUUAUGAAUGUGUAUAAUACAAUAUAAAGUAGGACACUCAUUCCUGACUACACUAAACCGUAUAUUUUUUUGUGUAGCGCCCUUGUUUUGACUCAUCGCUUUCAGAACGACAGGCCAGGUCGAGUUUAAAAAUGUGGUUAUUUCUGGUCCCGGUUGUUCAAAUGCUGGAUAGCACUAUCUUCUAGAGAAGGGAGAUGACAAAUUCGGAGCCCUACUCCAUGAAGUACCCCUAAAAAUCAUGUAUUGGUCAAAUAAAAUACUUCAUCAACAUGGUGAACCAUUUAGAUGUACAUACCUUAGCUUUAUAUAUUUUGAGCUUGUCAGCUCUCCGAUUGUCACAGUUCGAUGCAGUCCACGAAUUGACUGCCAUCUUGAAAUUUGACAUUAAACCGCUGACCACCUGAAAUGCCCAGCAUCCUUGAGCGUUUUCUUUUUCAAGAGGCCAAAAGGGCGAAAUUUUUCAUUGUAGUUUAAGGGACUUUGUUAAGUUUACAGCUUUACCUAGCUAUUUCCACGUGUGUAUUAGUGAUGCGGCAUUCCUCAUCUGUUGGCAUGAUUAGACAACAAAAAAAAUUCAGGCAAAAAGUUUUAGACUUUGACCUUAUAAUCGAUUACACCAGGAAGUGGCAAAAUAUAAAUACGUUUCAAAAGUACCCACCCGAGCUUGAUAAGCUUAAAUUGUCCAUGGUGUUUGACAUCCUGGCCGAUCCUGGCCAAGCAGCCCAUGCUGGGUAGGCCUUCGUUUGAAGUGGUCAGCAGUUUAAUGCUAAAUUUCAAGAUGGCAGUCAGUUCCAAAACUGCAUCAAACUGUAACAUUAACCAGAGGGCUGGCAAGCUCAAAAUAAAUAAAGCUAUGUACAUCUAAACAAUUCACCAUUUUGAUAACGUAUUUUAUUUUACCAAUACAUGAUUUUUAGGGGUACUCCAUUUUAGGUACUCCAUAGGGUACUCCAUGGAGUAGGGCUCCGCGUUUUGUCAUCUCCCUCUAGAGAAGUGUUAGGGAAACUAAUUGUGUUAUUCACUUGAUAAAGAUUUAUCCAGCGGAUACUGUUAUUCACCUCUUGAACAACUGAGGCCUGCAUCGAGACUAAAGUUUAGUUUAUCUGUUUUCCAUAAAACUGUUUCCGAACAGAUCACAGUCACGCUGAAGAUGGACUGGGAUGUAGGACAGGGAGAAGGAAAAGAAAUUCCUGCGAGUGUCAUUAUGAAGGUUCACAACGGUACCACUUUGAUGGAAAUAGUGAACAAGGCGGCUGAAGACAACAGAACGGGACCUUACAACAAAUACGACAGCGUUUACCAUGGUGGAAGGGGUUAUGUUAUCACCGGUAUGUACGGAAUCAAGGAUGACCCAGCGACUAAUAAGCAUUGGAUGAUUCUUGAAGAGCAAAGUGGGAAACCGAUUCCUUGUGGCGUGGAUUUUUACGUUCCUGAAAAUGGUUCCAGCAUCAUUUUUAACUUCACUACACACUUUGAUCAAACUCCCACUACGAGUGGUUAUUGCAAACCCGCCUCAAGCUCUAAUCAGGUAAAGUAGCAGCGAGGUGAGAUCAUUAUCGCCAGAGGUCGUUAUGCCCGCGUCUAGUAUAGCUGAUUGGUAGCUACGCUUUUGAAACAAGAAGGAAAUAAUCGAGUCCAAAUUUAUGCUUCAACCCUUUCACUGCCAGAGUGUUUGAUGGAGUUUUGUAAGGUGACUCUAACUUUUGAGUCUGUGGACGAAAUCCUAUGAUGUGACCAUUCAAAGCUCUCUGCCUGUAAUUUCACAUGAUGCUAUUUGUUUCUCACAAUUUUGGAAAAUGAAAUUUGGUCGAAACUUGCCUUUGGCCACAUUUGGCAGUGAAAGGGUUAACAGUUCUGAGUUUAAUUACUUAGAGGCAAGACACUAUUCAGGGGCAGACGGAGGAUUUUGUGAUAGAGGGGGCCUAGAGAUAUAGUAUACAGUGGCAAUAGAGAGCUUUAGAUUCUAAGACGAGCACGACUACGAGUACGAGGUUUUCUCAAUACACAGUAUUACUCACGCGUAAACCAGCGUCAUUUUGGAGGGAAAAUGUGGUAGCCGUCGUCACCCUACUACGAGUUUUAGCGAGGAUGUCGAAUUGGCGGAAACAAGUUAUCAAGCGUGAGAAGUUUUAUCAUUUUGCGAUGGGGAGAUGAUGUAAACUCCUUCUCUAAAGGUAACAGUGCUAACUUUUCUAGUGAAAAAUGGUAAAAUGAAGCUUUCCGGGGAGUCUAUAUUUUGAGAAUACGUGAAAAAACUUUAAGUCAAAUCUCGUACUCGUAGUCGUCCUCGUCCUUGAAUGCCUUGAAUCUAAAGGUCUCUAAUAUGUGCGCGAAAGCGCUCAUGACGACUGCGAGCGGCACACUUUUCUAUUGAGUUUCGGGCGCAUGCUCCUCCGGGAAAAUUUUCGAGAUCGAAGUUCUCUGAGGAACAAUCUAGUACAUUCUGGACCUGACUCGUCCCCAGUCGUCUCUCAUUAUUAGUAUUUGGCGUGGAAGACUAGAACGGGCUCUUUAACAAAGGGAUGAUUAAAUGAGUAGAGACGACUGGGGACGAGUCAGAUUCUAAACGCUUAAAUUUAGCAAAUGUCUGGAUUCCAUAUUGAACAUGUAAUGCUGAAAUAUUUAAUAAACCGCAAAAGAGGGGGCCGGGGUCCCCUGGGUCCACUCCUAAAAUUCGCCCUUGCCAUUGCUUGUUUUGUUUGCAUAUGGCAUAGCAUUUUUUUCCUGCGGUACAGUAUAAUAUGCUGUACUAUGUCCUUUAGCCGAAGAACAACAACAACAGCAGCAAGCUUUAUUUUCAUGAUCGUAAGAACUUUCAGUAUUGCAAAUGUUCCAUGUAAAGAUAACGGAUAAAGGAAAUAGCUAGAAAAAAAGUUGGUGAACUAAGUACAAAUAGUAAACUACCGUAAAAUUCCAAAAAUAAGUCCCGGGGCUUAUAUUUUUCAAAGGCCCUGUUUGAGGGGCUUAUUUUUGGAGGGGUUUAUGAUCGGCGGGGCUUAAAUAGGGAAGGAAACUUGCGUUUCAAAAUCGGCUAGGCUUAUACUUGGAGGGAAAUAUGCGUCUCAAAAUUAAAAUCGAUUGGGCUAGCUUAUAUUUGGAAGGAAAUUUAUCUCAGUCAGUAAUCUGCAGCAAGUUCUUACUGAAACUCGCCUUCAAAACGUAGAUCUUUCUAAAAGCUAUGCAAGUACUUUGUCUAUAUGGCCCAAGGAGAUCCAAGCCAAGACCGGGGAGUGAACUACGCAAACAACAAUAUACUGUCACACUUUUUGACUGCAAUCAUUUGGCACACCUAAUGUUUCUUUAGCACAUUCAAAAUUUUUAUGUGUUACUGUACAGUUUUUGCUUUGUUUUAUUUUGAAUAUGAGGGCAAUUUCCGAGUACACGCCCCCGGGGGCUUUUAUUUGGAAGGGGCUAUUUAUCGGAGGGUUUUUUUGCGUUACGAGUUUGGGGGGCUUAUAUUUGGAGGGGCUUAUUCAUGGAUGGGCUUAUUUUCGGACUUUUACGGUAUUGUCCUUCAUAACAGUGACAAUUAAAGAAUUAUUGGAAACAGACUAACAAAUUAUUUGAGUUCAUCAAAGCUUUCAUUAAUUCCUGGGUAGAUAACUGUCUAAGAUUUAUGUUUUCAGAAGUAUUUUAUGUUUAAAGUGAGUUUCGAUUUGGACUUACAUGUGUGCGAUGUGCUCGUACCUUCCGACAAUCCUUAGAAAUGCGUAGGUGUUACCAUACAUGGAAGCUAAUGAACAGUACUUUCUGAGGAGUCGUUUUCUUUGCUGUGCAACUCAUAUGUCACUUCUUUAGUCUCUGAUCAGAGUCUGCAGACAGUGUGUGUUAGCAAUUAAAAUAUAACCAUAAGCAGCUUCUCCACUUAAGGAAAAUUUGCAUUCAACAUCUAAUAAAUCCACUUCUCCUUUUCUAGAUGCCAGCUUCGCCCAUCACCGUAACCAUUGCAUUGGACUGGAACGUGACGCUAGUUGGUAAACCAAUCCCACCUUCAUUCACUACCCAAGUCACAGCUGGCACUGUUCUGUUGGAUAUCAUAAACAAGGUUGCUGAUGAAUAUCCAGAAGGCCCUUUUAAUAGAUAUGUCUCUACUUACCAUGGUGGUCUGGGGCAUUCUGUUACUGCCUUUAACGGCACCGAACAGGUAAGAUGUAAUAGACGAAAUCAGGAACCAAUAACCCGGAGCGAGCAACAACCUUCUUUCCGUCCAACGGCGUUUUCACAGACCAGGUGAUUGUCAUAUCGAUUUUGCCGCGAAUUUUGACUAUCAAAUAUAAUAAGCCUUUCAAAUCCAUCAGCAACGCCGUUUCAUAAGCCAAGUAUGGGAGUUGUAAGUUCAGGGUUAUGGGCUCCUGACGAGAGUAUAGUAUACAUUGUAGCAUCGCGAUCUUGGCAUGAAUUAGUUGCAUCGAGGUUUGGUUGUAUCAGAUGAGUUGACGAAGACCAUUUUCCACCAUAAAAAGAUUCAAAAACCGUGACUUUGCGAGCCAUAGCCCUUCGAACCCUGGCCAGACUACCCACCCUCUCUUGCUUUUGGCCUUUUUGGCAUUCUGUUUCUUGAGUGAUCUUUACAUAAGGUACCUAAAUUGUAUCACCUAAAAUUCAAGUGCGUAAUUGCCCAGCUACACGAAAAACGACUCACCGUCUGAAACUGAACUUUAGAGUAUUUGGAAAGCGAUUUAAUGUAGGUUCGUGUUGUACCAUUAAAUUCUUAGUUUAUAUUUUUCGCUUGAGUGGGGUGUCAGUUUUUGGGUUUGGACGUUGAAUACGGUUUCAAUAAUAUUUUUGAUCACCUUAUCCUUAAAGGUUUAAGACCGUGGGCCGCACACACCUAUCCAAAACUUAUAAGAGUACCCCUCACCCCAGGCCGGACAACCAGGAAAUACUUAAAUUGGAACUCAACAGUUAUGUUGGCCCUGUCACACCAGUGAUUAAAGUGCUCUAAAUCUGGCAGUACUUUAUGGUAAUGCUGUUUCGUAGGGUUGUGUGUGGUUGGGUGUGGUCGAGCAACGGUAGUGAUGGGAACAUGGCUAAAGGAGAGAAAUAGUUAAACGAAAAGCGGUCAUUGAUUGCAGGAAACUCGAACACUUCAGUGAGAGAACAUCGUUCGCCUUCUGGACCUUUUUCAUUAAAAUGACUGCAAAUUUCGUUAGGUUCGUUUUCAUAAAUUGGGCUAGACAUAAAAUAAAGCUAAUUUUUAUUUACUAAUUUUAUAACCCAAUUCUUACAAUAGGCGGUUCGAGGUCUCUCAAAGUCGCCGUCCCUAAAGACUUUGAAGCGAGUAACGUCCAUAACAUGGGUGACUGCUCGUUUAUGAUUGCUGCUCCAAUGUUAUGGAACAGACUACCUUACUAGGAAAUUAACGCUGCAUGAAAUUAACGCGAAUCGUUAAAAUUCGUGUUAAUUUAAGUCGCGUUAUUUUGUUACGCGUUAAUUUCCGCGACGUUAAUUACGUGCAGCGUUAAUUUCCGCGCUCUUAAUUACCAGUAUUUUAACCCCAAUUUUGGAACCUGUCCAGACAUUCUUGACACCUAAAAAACAUUUAAACUACAAGCUUUCUUUCUUUCCAUUUACCCUUUAUUUUGCACCUGUCACAAAAGCUAAGGCGAAGGUUUACAAUAUUUCGAAUUCAUCUUCAUCGUUGUUGCUGUCAGAAAUGAUGUCAGCUCAGUUUUGUUCAGUUUUGAAUUUUUUUGCAUCUAGUAUUGAAAUAAAUUUGUUCAGUUUUCACCACCAACUGUGUCUUAAUCGCGUUAAUUUCCUUUAUUAUGAAAUUCUACCUCCUCUUUCUCGUUAAUUUUCUUUAUUCGAAAGUCGUUUUCCAUUAAAUUCGCGUUAAUUUCCAAUACCUUAAUUUCAUGGAGCGUUAAUUUCCUAUAAUAAGGUACCUUUAAAUAUUGGACAAGCAGCAACUAUUGACAUUUUGCAAAAGAUCACUUAAGACUUAUUUAUUUACGAAAACGUAUAAUUAAUUUAUUAUCUUGUUGUUAUUGUUUUGAGUAAAUAUUCAUUAUAUUAUUAUUAUUAUUAUCAUUAUUAUUACUUUUAAAAGUUUUACAAUAGUAAACGUGGGUUUUUUAUGAAUUAUUUAGAUUAAAAAUACAUAGGAUAAGUUUUUAGCUCUUUCUCAGUUUCCAACAUUUUCUUUAUCAUGAUAAUCAAUUAGAUAUUUGUAAUAUAUCUAUAUUUUUUAAUGAAUUAUGUACAUAGGAAACCUUUUUUAGAUGUUUUUAGUACGUUAUCAUAUGAAUUUUUUUUCAAGAUUAUAAUGCGCAUAUGAUUAUUUUCAUAGAAUAUGCGCAAUAUAAAAAAUAGAUUAGUAUUAGUAGUAUCAUUAACAAUUAUUCCUCGAGCCCAAAUGGCCCCUGAGUCAAUAGCCCAUGAGGCCGAAGGCCGAAUGGGCUAUUGACUCAGAGGCCAUGAGGGCGAGAGGAAUAAUUGUUUUAGUAAAAUCCAACUAGUUGGUCAAAAAUAUCGAGACCAAACAACUUUAGCUAGUUAAAGUAAGACUUUAAUUUUUUUUUGCCGCCAAAAAUCUGGCGCUUUUCGCUACUAGUGGGCUAUAACACAUAGCCUAGUAGUACCUCAACCAAUCAGAACGCAGCAUUGAUAAUAGACCACUAGUUGGAUUUUACUAAUAAUUAUUAUGUAUCAGCUUGUCUAGGAGAAUCAAGCUGUUGCAAACCUUGGAACUGUCUUGCUUUGUUUCAGAUUCCUCAAGCAAGUAUCUAUUGGAUGAUCCACGACAACUACACCAAAGAGCAUGCGCCCUUAGGAGUGAGCCAAUACAAGCCAAAGGAUGGCUCUGUUACAGUUUUAAUGCAUGAAAAACUCCCAUUCCAUGGACCCGUUACUGAUACCCCAACAGUUGAGAGCUCUGGUCAAAGAUUUGUUGGUAUAAGAUUGGUUGCCCUGUGUUUCUUGACCGCAAUUGAAAGCAUGAGCUUUUUUUGUAACUAGAAAUAAACCGUCACAAAGGUGGGGCAUAGGAUGCCAGAACCUUGAAGUUUUUUCCUAA